AUGGAGGAAAGGAACAGCAGCUCAGAGAAAGGCUUUCUCCUCCUGGGAUUUUCCGAUCAGCCCCGGCUUGAAAGGGUCCUCUUUGUUAUCAUUUUGCACUUCUACCUCCUGAACCUUCUGGGGAACACAGCCAUCAUACUGGUGUCUUGCCUGGACCCCAAGCUCCACACUCCGAUGUACUUCUUCCUCAGCAACCUCUCCUGCGUGGACAUCUGCUUCACCACCAGCGUCGCCCCACAGCUGCUGGUCACCAUGAGCAAGCAGGACAAAACCAUGAGCUAUGGCGGCUGUGUGGCCCAGCUGUACGUGGCCAUGGGCUUGGGCUCAGCUGAGUGUAUCCUCCUGGCAGUCAUGGCGUAUGACCGCUAUGCCGCUGUCUGCCGGCCGCUGCGCUACACGGCCAUCAUGCACCCGCGGCUGUGUGUGUCCCUGGCCAGCACGGCGUGGCUCAGUGGCCUGCUCACCUCCCUCAUCCAGUGCUCCCUCACGCUGCAACUGCCCCUCUGUGGUCACCGCAAGCUGGACCACAUUUUCUGUGAGGUACCAGUGCUCAUCAAGCUGGCCUGCGGGGACACCACGUUCAAUGAGGCACAACUCUUCGUGGCCAGCGUGGUCUUCCUAAUUGUACCUGUGUCGCUCAUCUUAGUUUCCUACGGCUUUAUAACCCAGGCCGUGCUGAGGAUCAGAUCAGCUGCAGGGCGCAGAAAAGCUUUUGGGACAUGCUCCUCUCACCUCCUGGUUGUCAUUAUUUUCUACGGGACUAUCAUUUUCAUGUAUCUUCAACCAGCCAAAAGCAGUUCUAAAAACCAGGGGAAGUUUGUAUCUCUGUUUUACACCAUAGUCACUCCGCUUUUAAACCCCAUUAUCUACACUCUGAGAAACAAAGACGUCAAAGGGGCUCUGAAGGCAAUGCUUAGAAGUAUAUAUUCUAGUUGA